AUUUCGUACGGUAAAGAUGAAGAUUUUUCUAGUUUCGUUUGUUUGCUUGUUCGUUGGAACUUUUGCGACGCAAGAUUGUGAUGUGUCGAAGUGCGAAGGCUUUCAAACGCUUUACAAAGAGCUCGGAUGUAAAGCAGUUGUUAAAGAAGGCAGUUGUUGUCCCGUGAAAUACGAAUGUCCCGAUUUUACGGCAAGAAAUAAGGAUAAAUGUCACUUGAAUGGGCAGGAAUUUGAUGUGAAUUCAGAACUCCCAAAAGCUCUUACGGAUAAACUUUGUGUGCCUUAUUGUCAUUGCGUGAAGCAUGAUCCAGAAGCUCCCGCUAAAUUAGAUUGCGGACAUUACGAUUGCCCUGAAUAUUUCAGUGGUUUGUCUGAUCCAUCGUGCGUGUUAACUUACGAUCUUGAUGGUUGUUGUAGCUCGGGACAACUUUGUGGCAAAGAAGCUCAAGAAAAAGCUGCCAAAUGUUAUUUGGAGGGCAAAGAAUACAUGGAAGGACAAAAAAUGUAUGCCGAAGACUUUUCCUGCGUUUGUACUUCGAGCUUUGAUAACUCGACUCUCGUGAAUAAUCCGAAUUGCAAAGCUUCGGCAUGCGGAUUUGAGAUGCAUUAUGCACCAAAAUUGCAAAAAGGAUGCGUUCCGAUAUAUUAUGCUAAUAAUCAAGCAUGCCCAAUUGAUUGGAAAUGUCCAAAUGCCGAAAAGGAUCAAGUCCUUAAGAAGAGUCUUUCUGCCAACGAUGAAACCGAACAUUGUACCUUUGGAUCCUUGAAAGUUGCUGUCGGAGACGAAGCUGCUACCGAAAGCAAAGAAACAACAUGCAAAUGUGUCGUUCCUCCAUUCGUCGAAUGCGUUCGUCAAAAACAUCCAAACUACUAAAGGAGAUUCCGCGGAGUUAAUUUCAAUAUAAAUUUUUAUUUUUUACUCCUUA